AUGCCUUCCAAAACCUCCCCUGCUUCGAUUCAACAAUCUCUCCGGACAAAGCGCCUCGAGCUAGUUCCUCUCACACCACAAAACAAGGACGACCUCUUUCAGCUGGACUCCGAUCCGGCCGUUAUGAAGUACAUCGGCUACGGAAAGCCACUGAGCGCCACUGAUUCCGAGAUAGGCCUCAAUUGUAUGCUCGGUCUGGCAGUUCAUGGGCUGGGAACGUGGGCUGGCUACCACGGGAGCGAGUUUGUAGGCUGGUGGGUACUGGCAGCUGGCGAGACACCAGACCUGAGUUCGCCGCCACAAGUCGACACGAAGAACGUCGUCUUUGGCCUGAAGCUCUUGCCGAAGUUCUGGGGACGAGGAUUUGCGAAGGAGGCAACGCGCGAGUUAUUCCGACAUGCAUUCCAGGACUUGGGGGUGGAGCAGAUUUCGGGCGACGCGAUGGCGAUCAACAAGGGUUCGCAGGCAGCAAUGGCUUCGUGUGGGAUGAAAUAUAUUCGAACAUUCCAUAAUGUAUACCCGACUCCGCCGCCUGGUAUUGAGGAGGGCGAAGUGGAGUAUCGAAUAGCUAGGAGUGAUUGGCUAGAACAAGAAAGCGGAUCAAAGUAG